AUGAGUAAACGACAAGCAGAUGAAACCCAAAAAGAUUAUUUGAUUCGAACAGGGAAAAUCACUCCAUUUGCCACCUUAUCUGAUAUACAAGAUCAAACUUCAGUAGACCAUUCAAAGGUGGUCAAUGUUAAAAAGGAAGACGAAACCGAGAUUGAAUCCCAUUGGCGACAAUCAAUACGAAAGCAAAAACAAAAGAAAACUGAUGAUGAUGAUGAUUAUGUGAUGACCGAUGAAGACGAAGAAAAUGAUGAUGAUCAGUAUCAACAAGAUGAAAUGGAUUUGGAUCAAAUAGAUGAAGAUAUGACAAUGUCGACUAGAACAAGAAAGGAAAUUGAACAAAUCUAUGAAGAUGAUGGGAAUGAUACAAAUUAUCAGAAUCGAUUACAAGACUGGGUCUACAAUCGGAAACUAUUACGAUAUCGGGAAACUACGGAUGAAUCAAUAUCUUUGAGUGAAUUGGAAAAACGUCUGGAAAAGCAAGAUAUAAAUCCUGAAUCAGAAAUAUACGAACCUCAUCCUGAUUAUGAAGAUGCUCGCUUUGGUGCCAUGAAUGUUCCUGGAGAAAUCUGGCAAGAUCUAUUUGAUUAUCAGAAAACAUGUGUACAAUGGUUAUGGGAACUUCACAAUCAAAAGGUCGGGGGCAUUAUUGGCGAUGAAAUGGGACUGGGGAAAACAGUACAGAUCAUAGCCUUUCUAUCUGGUUUAUAUUAUUCAAAAAUACUUGGACCUGGUGUACCAUCUCUUGUGGUUUGCCCUGCAACGGUUCUAAAACAAUGGGUUGAAGAGUUUCAUCGAUGGUGGCCUCCUCUACGCGUAGCUAUUUUGCAUUCUAGUGGUAGUGGAAUACGAUCGAGCGAUAUUGACAACACUGACUUCUCUAUAGAUGACGUGGAAAUAUAUGACAGUACGGAUGAACAAGAAUAUGAACCUGAUCGACGUGGACGAUUUGCACGGAAGAAGAAAUCGAAGGGGAAACCAAGUUUGUUAUUUACAAAAACUGGAAAAAAUGCAGCAGCUGUUGUGGAUAGAUUUGUCAAAUCUGGUGGAAUCCUGAUCACAACUUACAGUGGAAUUCAAACAUAUAGAGAAGUCUUACUCAAACAUAGAUGGGGUUAUGUUAUUCUAGACGAAGGACACAAGAUUCGGAAUCCAGAUUCAGAAACAACAUUGGCAUGUAAACAAUUCAAAACACCACAUCGAAUUAUUCUUUCUGGUACACCCAUUCAAAAUAAUUUGAAGGAACUUUGGUCACUUUUCGAUUUCAUAUUUCCAGGUCGAUUAGGGACUCUUCCGGUAUUCCAAACUCAAUUUUCAGUACCUAUCAAUAUUGGUGGUUAUGCAAAUGCAUCGAAUGUUCAAGUACAGACAGCUUACAAAUGUGCAUGUAUGCUUCGUGACUUGAUCAAUCCUUAUUUAUUACGAAGAAUGAAAGUGGAUGUAGCGACUGAUUUACCAAAGAAAAGUGAACAAGUUCUUUUCUGUAAACUGACUCCAUCACAACGACAAGCUUAUUUACAAUUUAUUCAUUCCAAAGAUAUGGACUCCAUUCUCGAACGGCGACGACAGGUGCUUUAUGGUAUUGAUAUUGUACGCAAGAUUUGUAAUCAUCCUGAUAUUGUCAAUUUGGCUGCUUUACGAUCGGAACCUUCUUUUGGAGAUCCUGAAAAAAGUGGGAAAAUGGUGGUGGUUCGAGCACUUUUAAAUUUAUGGAAAACGAAUCACCGAGUGUUAUUGUUUUGUCAAACCAGACAGAUGCUUGAUAUAUUGGAACGAAUGAUUGCAAGUCUUGGAUACAGAUACCGACGAAUGGAUGGAACAACACCUGUUCAUCAUAGAAUGACUCUUGUGCAUGAAUUUAAUACUAAUUCUGAUAUUUAUGUAUUUUUAUUGACAACCAAAGUGGGUGGGUUGGGAUUAAACUUAACAGGCGCUGAUCGUGUUAUUCUCUUUGAUCCUGACUGGAACCCAUCUACUGAUGUACAAGCAAGAGAAAGAGCCUGGCGACUUGGACAAAAGAAGGAUGUAACGAUCUAUCGAUUGAUGACAAGUGGAACUAUUGAAGAAAAAAUAUACCAUCGACAAAUCUAUAAGCAGUUUUUAACCAACAAAAUCCUGAAAGAUCCAAAACAACGGCGAUUCUUUGAUUCAAGCAAUUUGAAAUCAUUGUUUACACUUGGAGCUGAAGAUGCAUCAACCACAGAAACUGGACAACUUUUUGAAGGAACUGAAAUCAAGUACAAAAAAAAGAAGAAGAAACGACAAAAUGAUGAUGAUCGAGAACAAGUCCAAGCUCUACACGGUGUUAGUAAUAUAGAGCCACUAAAUGAGGAAGAUAAAACUCCAUCAAAUGAAAAAAGUUCUUCUGGUAUGGAUGACAAUGUUUUAUCUAGUUUAUUUGAAAUGACUGGUAUACAAAGUGCUUUGCAGCAUGAUCGUAUCAUGGAGUCUGGAACUCAAGAUAGCUUUUUUGUGGAACGAGAAGCUACGAUGAUUGCAGAACAAGCAGCAAUGGCUUUGAAAGAAUCAAGAAAACGUACUAGACAAAAUGGUAUUGGCACUCCUACAUGGACGGGAAGAUCUGGAUUUGCAGGUGCACCAAGAUCACGAUCACAAGCAUCAUCAUCAUCUUCAACACCACCACCACGAUUCGGACAAAGAUCAAAUAUCACAGUUUUUUCUUCUGGAUUAAAAUCUGAUUCGACACCUGUUUCACCUUCUGGAAAUGCAUUUGGAAAAGGUCUGAUAUCAGGAUUCAAGGGAUCAAGUGUAGUUGGAUCAAGCAUUCUUUUAGCACAGAUGCAGCAAAGAAAGGCUAUGGAAGCUAAUAUUGAUACCAAUGAUUCAAAAUAUUUAUCAACUGGUAAGAUUCUUUUUUUUUAUAUAUAA